AUGAGUGAUAACUCAAGUCUAGUCAUUACUUUGGUGGAGAGGUUGAUUACAAAACUCCCACACAAAACUGGCGCCGAUGCACACCAUCUCAAUCGCGAUGAGAUUGCCCUUUUGAGUCGCACGACCCUCGUCGAUAUCAGUAAACCAUCUAUAGCCGUUGUCGCCGAAGCUCUUGUGCAACUGCUGGAAGAUCUUGCGAGGCCGUAUAAGACGAUAUCGGCGCAUCCAUUGCAUGUUUUACACUCAGAAUUCUACGUACUAGAGCUAUUGGCGGAGUGCUGCACAACGCACUGGGAGAGCAUCAAUUCUUCAGAAAAUAGUAGCGACCGAGAAAAUGCGCCCUCUCAAGGUUUCAGAUCAAACGAUAGCAUAAAACCCGAAGGUCGAAGGGCAUCUAGGAACAAACUUUUGGCGCGUGAUAAUCCUCCGGAGGCUUUGGACGAUGAUUUGGCCAAAAGAAUAAUAGAUGUGAUAAAAUUGUUCUCGAAUCCUAUACCGGACGGCUAUGUACUUCCGGCAUUCAACAUUCUAGACGAUGUCAUUGGGACCUCUCCUGCUGCUCAAUCCCCAAGCUUGGAUCUUUUGAAUGGUACAAAUGGUCAACAGAAUACAACGGAGGCUGCAAUAUUGAUACAGGAACAUUCCGAAUCCACAGAGGCAUGCAUAAGGAAAGUUGUGGAGUUUGUUUCCUUUUCGAAUUGGCCCCGGACUCUGGAGUAUUUGAGGGGUUCUCUCCGUGGUCUGCUGGCGGCCCAGUCUUCAAAUGGAAACCAAGCACAGAAUGGUGCUGUAGUCGAUGAUGAGGCGCUCGUUACUGUACGCUUAAUUCCGUCGUUUUGGGUUGAUAGUCGAAAACUGGGGGUUGUCAUACAAGAGUUGUGUGGCAGCUUCCUGCACCUACGAAAGGCUUUUCAGACUAUUGUGGCAAUAGUCGUGCCUCUAUUAAUCACCCGAUGGCUGGAACGAAACCCCGAGGAGUUCAUCCAACUACACACAAUGCACAAAAGGCUCGACGGUGGGGCGGAAACCCUCUUUGAUAUGACCAACACAAUGAUAGAUGCGGGAAGACGAAAAACAUUAUUAUUUCCAUUUCAGACAUCUUUGUUAUUUCUUCUGCCAGACGUCUUUGAAGUCGCCAGCAAUAUGAGAGAUAUUAAAAGUAGCAGUAUCUCCAAGAAGGUAUCGUUUUUGGAGAUGCUGAGGAAGACUUUGAGAAACAGAAAUGAAGCAGCUAUUUAUUGUUUGACCUCCGUUUUGCGAGUCGCAAGACACUUUCCGCUCGAUAGUGAUUCGGCACUUCUGAGCUAUGCCUUAGAUGUCCAGGAAGAAGUGCGUGAAGCAGUAUUCAGGAGAUAUACCGUGGGUGCAGAAAAUACAAGUAUAGACUCUGGUUUGAUGACCGCAGCAUUUGUCAGUUUGGCGCAUCUAAACUUUAGAACUUGCAUUGAUAGCCUCGCGCCUUUCUGUCUUGCCCCCAAUACUUCUCCAGAUUUUAAACUCGCUGUAAUAAGAGCAUGUACGCAUUUCGCCAAGCAGUCUAAUGCUAGUGAUUAUCACCCAUUAUAUGUUAAACUGUCUGAAUUCAUUCGCACUUACAUGAAGGGGACAACAUUGAGAUUCAGAGACUCUUAUCCAAUCGAACAUGUGACUAUGAAUAGACAAACGAAAUUCUCAUCGUCGGGGGAGUUGGUGUACAGCAUGCUAGUAUUCCUGGAUGUGUACCCAAUGGCUUUGUUCAUCGGCAUGGAUCUAGCCUCACACAAUAAUGACGCCGCUUUCGAGGACGUAUAUGCUGCUCUUAUGGCCUUUUUGACCUCCGAGGACGAGAAAAUCAGACUCCUAACUAGUGAGGUCUGUCGGUCAUCAUUGACUGAAGCAACGAUGUCUGCAUGGCGAAGAAAGGACUACAAAUUCUCGAAUACCGCAAAGUUUAACUUUUGGGAAUCAACCUCCAUUAUACUUAGUUCAAUAUCAAGCAAAAUUAUAAACCAGACUGUUGACGAACACAACGCUCUUAGUUUUGUACAUAGUUAUUUGCAAGCAAGACUCGAUCUCCUGAAAAAGAUCAAAGACUUAACCGAGUUGGAGGAAGAUAUUUCAGAGCGAUUAGCAGCAUACUCUAUGAUGGAGACAACCUUCUUAGUCACGGUUUGCUCGCCCGACAUCGCAAUUUGCCAGCUAGUUGCGUCAAGUGUCUGCUUAUUUGCAGAAGAGAUUCGUCUCGUUGAAUCCGCGCCAGACUUCACAAAGCAUUCCCUAGCAAGCGCGCGUAACAUGGAGGUGUACCAAGAGCUCGCUUCGAAAGACUUUAGAUUUACAGGUAUAGUUGCUUUCCAGAAGCGAGCGAGGGGUUGUUUACGCCGAAUGCAAUACCCUACAGCUGGUAUCAUUAACGCAUGGGAGACUAUCUUUGAUCGAUGGGUUAGAUUAUCCAAGCAACUUAUUGCGCGGCCUGAAAUUGUUGAUGAAAGGUCUUUGGGAGAGUGGCGCAAUUGUUCUGGAUUUCUGGCCUCUCUUGGUGGCAUUUGCGUCGUGGGCCAAUCUCUACUCUCUUCCUCGGAUGACCAAGUACUUGCUGGUUUGCGAUGGAUCGAUAAGGUUCCUGCCGAAAGCUACGAUGAUGAGACUUUACUUAGUCGAUAUAUGCGGCAGAGUGUCCAACUGUUGGCUAGCAACAACAUUAGGAUACGAGAAGGUACUAGAGAUGCCCUCUCGAGUGAUCUUGCCAAAGCACUACAUAUGCCUCUAUUUGAAGCCCUCCAAACAGAGCUUGAUAUUUUGUUUGAUAGUCCACGAAGCAACGCGAUUCCUGUCGACUCUCGGAUCAUCUUCGCAGAACAGGCGGCAGCACUACUCAAAAGUAUUGUUGAGAAGCUUGGAAGCCCAGCUGAAUUGGGUACAGGCAUGUCGGUUGAUAUUGGUGCUUUGGCACUCAAUUUCGCGAAAUUUUUGAACAGUUCAGCAGAUGGGGCAAGCGCGUUAAGGGUUAAAAUUAAGAUUUGUCAAUUAUGUGAGACUCUCACACAAAAGAAAGAGCUCUUGAAUUUGAGACACGAUGUGCGUAUCCGCAAUCAGCUUUUAGAGGUGAUUUUCGGAUGGAUUGCGCGCCCAGGAACUCCAAAUGCCGACACUGGUGUUCAUUUGGUAGGUACUCGUCUUGAUGAACUGUUCCGUCUGCAGAAGGACCUUGAUCGAGCCUCUUUGAAGGCAUUAGCGGAAUUGACAUAUCGUCUCCCUCUACAACCGGCGGAAGGCCAGUCCGAUGCAGAUACAAGCGAUUUAAAAUCACAGAUGUUCCAUACUUAUUUCAAUAGGUUUCUAUCUCUUCUCAAUUACGAAACGGUUGAGAUAGGUAGGAACGAGGUGCGACUUACAUCAACUGUGAGCGAUGAUUCUAUGAGCAGCCCGGAGCUUGCGAUUUCCGCGCUCUCUAACCUUUUGAGUGCGAAUAUUGAUGUUGGCCUCAAACAUUCCUUAGGUAUUGGUUAUCAUGAAGAUAUUGAAGUUAGAACAGCUUUCGUCAAAGUUCUUUGCAACAUUUUGAUACAGGGUACCGAAUUUAAUAAUUUGUCCGAUGCAGCGGUAAAUCAAAAGUACGAUGAACUGCUCGAGUUACUUGUCAAUGAUAUGACUCUUACAAUUGCACUUUGCGAUGCCUGCCCAAGUACGGAAGUCGACGAGAUGACCAUCUCACUUCUUAAUAUUUUUGACUCCCGGGGUAUGGGCUUUGCCUUGCUUGAGGCCCUCAUUGAGCAUGAGGUCGAAGAGACCGAAAAUGAGGCUGAACUCCUCAGAAGAAAUUGUGUUGCUACUAAGCUGCUCUCUGUUUAUGCCAAAUGGAAGGGAGCUGCGUAUAUAAAAGCAACACUGCAAAAAGUCCUGGAGCGCCUUGUUCUCACUUCAAAAGACUUGGAUCUUGAACUUGAUCCUGCCAGAACAACAUCCCCCGAAGAGUUGCAAAAAAAUGCGCUUCAACUUCGUGUAGUGACAAAAGUCUUUAUCGAUGAUAUAUGCAAUUCUGCAUCCCGCAUUCCAGUGUCUUUUCGAAAGAUCUGCAAUAUUAUAUCUUCCUGUGUGAUGAGAAGGUUUCCCGAUGCCAAAUUCACCGCUGUUGGUGCUUUUAUAUUCCUGCGAUUUUUCUGUCCAGCGAUUGUCGCUCCUGAUGCAGAAGGACUUAUUGCAUCCCCGCCAUCAAAAGAGAUGCGCCGAGGACUUCUUCUUAUUGCUAAAGUAGUUCAAAAUUUGGCAAACAACGUUCUUUUCGGGGCAAAAGAGCCAUACAUGUACCCUCUAAACGACUUCUUGACACAAAAUAUAUAUCGCGUAACGACAUUUUUACGGGAAAUCUCAGCGCCUCCCAAUGUAAGAGAAACACUUGCGGAAUCUGAGUCGUUUGAUUUUGGCUCCUGCGUUGCCCUACAUAGAUUUUUGUAUGAUCACUGGGACCACGUUCGACAAAAGCUUGUUCUACGGGAACGGCAACUCUCUCUUAGAUCUCCAAUCGACGGCACUAAAAGUCAUACUCCAGUUCUGGAUGCCCUCCGAACACUGAUAUCUAACCUCGGACCACCGCCAAUGGACGUAUCUUGGAAUAGACCAGCAAUCUCACAUAAUACACCGCCUUCAUAUUCGCGCUUUCAACAUUUCAUGCUUAGAAACGCAGGCCGAAGCUCGGAGGCUGUAGUAUCAAAUAGAGCUGUAUAUGAUGGAGGCGAAAGCAAGGAUGGGUUAUCGAUGAUUUGUAUUAUACUUCGCAAUAUCGAUACAGACGGAACAGACUAUGACCUGUUGUUAUAUGUCUACUUGAAGAUUGCAAGCCGUAUGUGGCAUAAGCCAUUUGGUAUUUUGAUUGAUGCGACUUGCUAUAAUGGUCAGAAUGAGCCUGCAGAUGCUCUCUUUCGGAAACUUGAUCUCCUUACACCGACAGAGCUCUCGAAACAGCUGUCUAGAGUAUAUGUCUACAACAUGAAUAGUGCAUUUAGGAAAUGUUUCCGGCGCAUCCUUCGACUAUCUGCAAAGAGUGAGAACAGUGCGUUCCACCCGAAGAACGUUGAUUACCACUUGAUUGGUAGUCUUCAAGACUUACAGUCUCACUUCCAUCUCACGCAGCUCCACUUGCCAAAAGAGACAAUUAGCGUUGUCACAGACACGAGAUACGUCUUCCAACCGAUCAUAAGACUAUCGAAAACAAAAGGUAAGGUUGAGGUGAUAAUCAAGAUUGGUAGUCAAUUCGUCCAAGUGACAACAACGAAGAAACAAGAAGUUGUACCAGGACUUAGACUACAUGCUACAGUCAAUGAUAUCUUCCGCUUAUCAGAGGUCGACGAGGCACCUACUUCGAUACAGACCGAAGAUGAUUCUGCAUUCGGUUUAAGGACUGACAACGGCAAGAUUGUGAUGUAUUUCACAAGUCCAAGAAAGGGUGAUAUUCUACAAUCCAUUCGCAGUGCUAAGAAUAGACAUGGAAAAGAGCUGAGAACCUUGAAAUCGUUUGAACGACUGGUCAGACCGCAAGACGUACCAGGGACACUUCUCAACAUUGCUCUGACUAAUAUGGCGAGUCCUGACGCGGUGCUACGUCUUGCAGCAUACAAUUUAUUGUGUGCUCUUUGUCGAGCCUUUAAGUUCGCAGCCGAUUCCAAAUUCAUGAGCACAAAAGAAUUAUGUGUUCCUUUGAACCCAUCUCAAUUUAUUAUUGAAAUUAGUGCACAAUUGGCACGCUCCGAGCCUCAGCUUACUGGUGACUUUCUCAACGAAUUUUUCGUUGGAUGGGAAAGUUUUCCGUACUCGCAAAGGCCCUUGAGCUUGGCAUAUAUGGCACCCUGGCUACCAAGUCUAAGGACCCACCUAAUACCUAAUGAACCAGAUAGUGAUAAAGGAAGAGACAAAGUCGCAGUGAUUUUCAGGAAGCUUAUUGAAGUCGCAAUAUCUGAUGUUGUUCUUAGCACUACUCUGGAACAGAGUAUCUGGCCCAUAAUCUGCAAGGAUGAAGUUUAUAUUGAUAUUUUCUUGGAGGAAAUUCUUAAGCCAGCUCUCAAUUUCGGCAUCGAUGAUGAGCGGACCGAAAUUCUUGGUUCUAUUCUUGCGUCGCUUGGUACAGUCACGAUUCGGGGCAAACUAAUAUCAAGGCUUCGCAAGGCUCUCAAUCGUACUUCGCUCAGACCGACAAGGCAUCUUCACGAAAAUACCGUUUGGGGCGAAAUUUGUGUUCUCUUAAGACUUUCAUUGUCUGUUUCUUUCGACAGCGGUGUCCAGUCUCAACUUUAUCUCCCUGAAGUCUUCCAUCUUGUCACCAUGCUAGCUAACACAGGCUCGUCCGAUUUGAGAUUAAUCGUCCAUCGCUUGCUUGUCAAUACUAUACAUGCUAUGUGUACCACAUUUGUGUUAGAGGAAAGCAAACUUGCUAAACUGAAGAUUUUGCUAUCUUCAAUAUCGGAGCCACGGCAAGAAUCUCUAUUUAGCAUAGCAUCAAGAGACGGAGCAUCUCUUCCUUCGUCACAAGACUCGGGACCUUCAGCAUUGUUAGCCACAGAAUCUCUUGCCAGUCUACUUUCCGACAUAAGUAUUGUGGCAGCCCCGACUGUUGAUCUGUCAAACGCAUGGCGUGCCAGAUGGAUGAGCUUGGUUGCAAGCACUGCUUUCCAAAGCAAUCCAGCCAUUCAACCCAGAGCAUUUACUGUUAUGGGCUGCUUGGCUCGGGAAGAUGUUGAUGACGAUCUACUCUAUCAAGUGCUUGUAGCACUCAGAAGUAGCAUAGGUCGAUAUAUGGAUGACGGUGACAGUGAAAUGAUGGUUGCUAUAGUCACAGCUCUGACCAAAAUGAUGGAUAAAUUACCAUCGGCAUCACGUUAUGGAACCCAACUGUUCUGGCUUGCGUUAUCCCUUGUAAGAUUGGUUCCGAUUGGACUUUUCAACUGCGCGGCAAUGUUUCUGAAUGCCGUCUUACUCAACAUUGGAGCAUCAGGUGAACUCGGUAACGGGCGCAUGAUUCAAACAUUGUUGCUAGGCCGAGCGCCUCUUGAUGAAGCAGCAAUACAACUAGAUGAGAUAUAUGGAAUCCAUUUCACCGCAGAAAACUUCCACUUUGCAGUUUCUGCUUGUAUGGUAAAAGGCAUGACAGAUUCAUUGACAAGAUCUACUGCUAUGCGUGUUAUCUCAACAUUUCUCGACACGACCACCACUAAUGCACCUGAAGGAAUGUCAUUCCCGCAAGAUGUUAGUUGCAUGCCAUACCUUGGUCUCCUCCUGGGUCGAGCUCUUAACCCAGAAGAUGCAGGGCAUAGCUUAUGGCUAGCAACUGCCACACAAGGAGAUCGUGCCCCACACGCAGAGCCAGAUAUGGAAAGUAUAAUGCAAAUUGCUGGUCUCAACGAGAGGGAGUUGCUCCUUACUUGCGCCAUUGGACUAGUCGACUUUCACUACUUAGACGAUACCAUACAAAACAGUGCAUUUCAAUGGCUCAAUAAACUUGCCAUAUCAUCGUCAAACGUUAUGUUGCGACUGGCUGGCCCAAUCACGAGCAUAUUAGACGACGUUCUUAUGUCUUGUCAAAACUCGAUAACGCUCGAAUCUGCACAUCAGUUACUACGCACCAUUACCUCUAAUCCUCAAUUCUCGGCCGCGAUGAGAGAUGCUGAUGUACUAGACAGAGUAUUGGGAAGUAUAGGUUUUGGAGGGCUGUGGAAGAAUUCGACGUACCAGGGCCAUCAUGAGGUCGCCAGAGAAUGUACUACUCUGACUGAUAGGCUCAUUGAGCUUAUCAUAGCAUAA